AUGGACCGCCGUCCCCGGGCCCGCGUUGGAGGGCUGCGCCCCUCGGUCGUCGGCAAAUGUGUCGUGACGGGGAGGGACACAUCACUCGGCGACGGCGACCAGGGGGCGGCGGGGAGGCUUGGUUCUGAACAACACCGACAUGGCAUCCGAGAAACCAGCGUCGGCCCACAUGGCUGCCCUUCCUUCCCAGCAUGCUGUGAGCCCCUGCGCGCCCUGCCGUCGGGGAAGCUAGCCAUUGCAGGGGGCUGCGAGAACAGGCCUCCCGCUCCCGUGCUGGGCGUGUGCCCGGUCCCAGGCUCCCCCUCUGGCAACCCAGCAAUACGCUCAGCUUUAUCCAAGCUCGAUUGCGUAACAGGGCGCCCCAAGAAGGAGAAAAAGGAAAAGGUCGAUGUUGAGCUGACCACGCCUUCUCCAUUCCCUGCGGCCGCCCAAGCCGCUGUCUCAACCUACCUACUUUUUGCUCGAAAAGAUUGACGUGAUACAAGUGCAGUAUGGGCGGGGACUCGACACCUUAUUUCCGGAUGGCCGUAUAAAAACAGGCGGGGAGAGGAAAAGGAGAAA